AUGGCAUCUGUUUACAAGUCCGUUUUUAAAACCGUAACUUAUAGACAUCGCCAUCUUCUUAAUGAUUUGGUCGCUAUGCUUCCCCACGGCCGCAAAGACGCCAAACUAGACACAAAGUCAAAGCUAUAUCAUUUGAAUGAGAUUGCAGAUCUGUAUAACUGCAACAACGUUCUUUUCUUUGAAGCGCGGAAACGGCAGGAUCUUUACAUGUGGAUGAGCAAAGCGCCUAAUGGACCUUGCAUCAAGCUCCACGUACAAAAUUUGCAUACAAUGGAAGAGCUUCAUUUCACCGGAAACGCCCUAAAGGGCUCUCGACCUAUUCUCAGUUUUGAUGCAACCUUUGACCAAACACCUGCCAUGAAACUGAUAAAAGAGGUCCUUCUCCAUGUCUUCGGCGUUCCCAAAGGAGCAAGGAAGAGCAAACCUUUCAUCGACCACGUCCUUAGCUUUACAAUUGCCGACGGGAAGAUUUGGUUCAGGAAUUAUCAGGUAUCGGAGGUCGAGGCUCCAAAGAAAACCGAUGAUGCAGACGCAGCCGAUAAACCUAAAUCCAAAAAAUCAUCAGAGCAAACAGAGCUUUCCCUUGUCGAGAUUGGUCCCCGUUUCGUUAUGACACCGAUUAUCAUUCUUGAGGGUUCUUUUGGUGGGCCGGUAAUUUAUGAGAACAAGGAGUUUGUGUCGCCAAAUGCCGUCCGUUCAGAAAUUAGAAAGAAGAAAGCCCAGAGAUACAACUCGAGGACUGAGGAGAAGCAGAGGUUAGAGACAAAGAGGGGCGAACUGGGACUCGAGCCAGGUAGGCCAAAGGGGGAACUAGAUGAGUCGGUUUUGUUCGCAUAG